AAGAAGAAGAACGGAAGAACCCGACGCUUUGAGUUGCUAACCUAUAAAUUUGUAAGAAUUACAGAUAAUUCCUAAAAUAAAUUAAGUUAAAUAUACUCAGCGAUUUUUAAAUACCAUUGAACAUGGCUCUAGCAAAACCAAAAUCAGAGAUGUCUUCGGAGGAGCUCCAGGCUCGCGAAGAGGAGGAAUUCAACACUGGGCCACUUUCAGUUCUAACCCAGUCGGUGAAAAACAAUACUCAGGUACUAAUUAAUUGCAGAAAUAACAAGAAAUUGUUAGGACGAGUGAAAGCGUUUGAUCGUCACUGCAAUAUGGUGUUGGAAAACGUGAAGGAAAUGUGGACAGAAUUACCCCGACCAGGUAAAGGCAGAAAGAAGGCAAAACCAGUGAACAAGGAUCGAUUCAUUUCUAAAAUGUUCUUGAGGGGCGAUGCAGUUAUUAUAGUGGUGAGGAACCCACUUGCUACGGCGAACUGAUAUGUACCUCGUGUGAAAUAUUCUAGGAAUAAUUUAAUUUUGUAAGUUACUUAUAGUGAAGACUUUGAAUAAAGCAAUGUUUCCAUAG